UACGCUGCCGUCUCUAACAGCAUCAGAAAUCUCAGAGGCGCCUAAGAAGGAACACGUGAAAGUCGGAUUUAAAAAAGGCGCUCCACAUAGAUUGAAACAGAAGGAGUUUUAGGAAGCCAGGGAACCGCAGAAGCACCUUAUCUAACUGAGAUUUAUACUACAAAACCAAACAUGAAAUUUACGUUGCUUCUUCACUUACUGCUUGUUGCAUUUGUGUUGCAUUCCGCAUACUCACAGAGCUCUUCAUCAGACACGGCGUCAGCAGGUGCCUCAUCCUCUGCUGGAGCAAGUGCGUCAUCCUCUGCUGGAGCAAGUGCCUCAUCAUCUGCUGGAGCAGGUGCCUCAUCCUCUGCCGGUGCCUCAUCCUCUGCAGGUGCGUCAUCCUCUGCCGGUGCGUCAUCCUCUGUUGCAGCAAGCGCCUCAUCCUCCGCUGGAGCAGGUGCUUCGUCUUCUGCUGGAGCAGGUGCGUCAUCCUCUGCCGCUGCGUCAUCCUCUGCCGGUGCGUCAUCCUCUGCUGGAGCAGGUGCCUCAUCCUCUGCCGGAGCUGGUGCCUCAUCCUCUGCCGGAGCCUCAUCCUCUGCCGGAGCNAAUCUCCCACAAUCCACCCAAUUAAAAAUUCACAAACUCCCCGCUACCAAGGGAACGAACAUUAAGAUUUUAACAGAAGGAGUUUUAGGAAGCCAGGGAACCGCAGAAGCACCUUAUCUAACUGAGAUUUAUACUACAAAACCAAACAUGAAAUUUACGUUGCUUCUUCACUUACUGCUUGUUGCAUUUGUGUUGCAUUCCGCAUACUCACAGAGCUCUUCAUCAGACACGGCGUCAGCAGGUGCCUCAUCCUCUGCUGGAGCAAGUGCGUCAUCCUCUGCUGGAGCAAGUGCCUCAUCAUCUGCUGGAGCAGGUGCCUCAUCCUCUGCCGGUGCCUCAUCCUCUGCAGGUGCGUCAUCCUCUGCCGGUGCGUCAUCCUCUGUUGCAGCAAGUGCCUCAUCCUCCGCUGGAGCAGGUGCUUCGUCUUCUGCUGGAGCAGGUGCGUCAUCCUCUGCCGCUGCGUCAUCCUCUGCCGGUGCGUCAUCCUCUGCUGGAGCAGGUGCUUCAUCCUCUGCCGGAGCUGGUGCCUCAUCCUCUGCCGGAGCCUCAUCCUCUGCCGGGGCAGGUGCCUCAUCCUCUGCUGGAGCAGGUGCUUCAUCCUCUGCUGGAGCAGGUGCCUCAUCCUCUGCUGGAGCAGGUGCUUCGUCCUCUGCUGGAGCAGGUGCCUCUUCCUCUGCUGGAGCAGGUGCCUCAUCAUCUGCUGGAGCAGCCGCCUCGUCCUCUGCUGGAGCAGCAGCCUCAUCCUCUGCUGGAGCAGCCGCCUCAUCCUCUGCUGGAGCUGCUGCCUCAUCCUCCGCUGGAGCAGCCGCCUCAUCUUCUGCUGGAGCAGCCGCCUCAUCUUCUGCUGGAGCAGCUGCCUCGUCCUCUGCUGGAGCAGCCGCCUCAUCUUCUGCUGGAGCAGCCGCCUCAUCCUCCGCUGGGGCAGCCGCCUCCUCCUCAGCCGUUGCGGCGUCGUCCUCUGGAGCAGCUGCAGCAGCAACAUCAUCAGGAGCGGCAGCAACAACAACAGCAGGAGCCGCAGCAGCAGCCUCAGAUUCAACCGUUACAGUUACUGCUGUAGCAGCUACAUCAUCGGCAGCGUCUUCAUCAUCCAGUUCUACUGCUGUUACCUCUUCAUCAAACUCCACAGAAGCAACGACGACUGCUGCCAAUUUCGGUCCCGAAAAUGGCGUUUCACAAUUCACAGUUAGUAUGGCAUGCUUCUUUUUGGCUCUCUUAGCUUUCUUGGUUCACGGAUAAAAUACGACCCUACUCGCAGUGCCAUUAACGUGGGCGAAUGGACAUUAUUUUCGAGUUGAUUUCGAAAUUUCAGCGCUGGUCACCCAGGUUAAUGGCAUCACCUAUGUAUCUUACACCGCUUAUUUUUUAAAACUGUGAUGGAAAAGGCAGCAGGACUGCAGUUGGAUAUAUGAAAUUUUAUGACAUCAUAUGACUUAGAUUUGGGAAAAUAUCCCCUGGGACCGAUCUCCUUACUCCACUAUCACUCUUCUCAGAUGACAUCUAUUCUUACACAUAACUUUAUGGAUAAUAUCUCUGAAGAUGCUUUAAACGGAAGAAAGGACAAUAAUUGAAUACAGAUCACGUACAUGCAUAUCCAUACUUCAAAACUGUGAUAUAUAUUUGACUCAGUGAAGAUUUGAUCUGUUGUGCCUUCGAUGCUAUAUGCAGUACGGCAAAUUGAAAUGAACUUGCAAUCUGUGAUAUCUCUUAUGAGACAUAUUUAGCUUAGUUAUACCGAAGCAAGAUGGACGGUUUUCUAUUAUUACGUGUAUUUAAACAUAUCAAUAGGA